AUGGCGCCGAAAAGAUCAGCGGACGAGACGAACGAGGGCGCUCAGAUGCUUGUCAGCCCUCGUAGCAACAGCAGUGUUCAUGGAGACGACGCGACUUUGAAGGUGGACAGCCCCAGCGAGAAACAGAUCGCCGAGCUUGUCGCUUUGGAGGAGAACGCGAUCAUGGAUUCGGCCGACGACUUGGACAUGGAUGAUGAAGAAGCGGCACGAGAUGAGGACCUCGGAAGACCGUACAAGCGCAUCUGUCGCGGACGUGAAAGUGCGCUUUCAUUGGCCAUGACCGACCAGAUCAAGAAAAGCACAUUUUCAAAACCCAUUCUCGUACGUGUCGGCAGCUUAAUCAAUAGCGAAGACUUUCACGUUCAUGCCGCCCACCUCGCCGCCUCAUCACCAUACUUUACCGAGCUUCUAGAAAAGCAAAACGAAGAAGACGCGCCUCUCGAACUACCCGAGGACGACCCUAUAGUGUUCCAACUAUAUGCCCACUACAUAUACGAUAAGAAAAGCAUCACAUCACUGGACCUUACAGCUUCCAACACUUCUCUGGACUCACGAUCUGCCGCUUACGACACAUAUAUCGAUCUACUCCAAGCAUACAUCUUUGGUGAGAAGGUGCAGAAUUCAGACUUCCAGAAUGAAGUCAUGAAUCGCAUUUUGCAGUGUAUUGGCAACAUGCACAACGGCAAGUCACCAAAGACGUCUGCUCUUACCGAAAACAAGGACGAUCUACCUUCAGCUUCUUCGUCCGAGAACAUUGUACGACCGCUCAUCGAACUGCUCUAUCCAUCACUCCCACCUGAUUCUAUCGGAAGAGGCUUGGUGGUUGAAACAUUCAUCGUACUCUGGAGUCACUCGGACGUACUCCAAAAUUUUGUGCCGGAUGUCAGUAGAGAGCUUCUGACAGAGAUUGCCGAGAUGUUGUUGAGCGGAGACAAGGACCAUAUCCGCGAUGCUUGGGCUCAGGCCAUCGAUGGCGACUACUCGUACUACCAUUCUGCCAGAUAUGAUGAGCACUAG